UUUGAACAAGAUGGCGGCUGCUAGAAAGGUGUGUUAGCAGAGUCUCUUUGUUGUGUUUUUAAAGUGUGAACAUGUCUAAAGUCCAAAUGCUGAGAGCGUUGGUGAAGCAGCGACUAACUGCGGCUGCUGAAGAGAUAUUUGGGCUGGUUGAAAGAAUGAUAGCAGAGUACGAGGAGGAACUUUGUCGAUCAAAAGAGGAGAACGAGCGACAACGGAAACUACUGGACGCUGUUUCCAACCCUCAGCUUCGGUUACACAGAGCAGACGUCCAGCAGCUGUUGGUAGUUAAAGAAGAGGUUCCCCCUGAGCAGCAGGAGUGGAGCUCCAGUGUGGACCAGGAGGACCCAGAGCCUCCACAUAUUAAAUGGGAACAGGAGGAACUCUGGAUCAGUCAGGAGGGAGAGCAGCUUCAAGGGCUGGAGGAGGAUGAUAUCACCAAGUUCACAUUCACUCCUGUCCCUGUGAAGAGUGAAGAUGAUGAAGAGAAACCUCAGUCCUCACAGCUUCAUCAAAGACACACUGAACAGAUGGAAACAGAAGCAGAGGGAGAGGACUGUGGAGGACCAGAACCAGCCAGGAACUCAGAUCCAGAUACACAUUUACAACCUGAGACUGAUGACAAGUAUGGAGAGUCCUCUGAACCUGAGACUGAUGACAGUGAUGAUUGGACGGAGACCAGAGAACCUCAGUCAGACGUCCAGCAGUUGUUGGUGGUUAAAAAAGAGGUUCCCCCUGAGCAGCAGGAGAGGAGCUACAGCGUGGACCAGGAGGACCCAGAGCCUCCACACAUUAAAUGGGAACAGGAGGAACUCUGGAUCAGUCAGGAGGGAGAGCAGCUUCAAGCGCUGGAGGAGGAUGAUAUCAUCAAGUUCACAUCCACUCCUGUCCCUGUGAAGAGUGAAGAUGAUGAAGAGAAACCUCAGUCCUCACAGCUUCAUCAAAGACACACUGAACAGAUGUGUGGAGGACCAGAACCAGCCCGGAACUCUGAUCCAGAUACACAUUUACAACCUGAGACUGAUGACAGUGAUGGUUGGACAGAGACCAGAGAACCUCAGUCAGGUUUAAACUCUCUGAAAAAUGAUCAAGUCCCUGUCAAUGAUUUGAUUGAUGGUGAGAAACGAUUUAGCUGCUCUGAGUGUGGGAAACGGUUUGGUUAUAGGCAAUACCUGAAGAUACACAUGAGAUCUCAUACAGGUGAGAAACCAUUUAGCUGCUCUGAGUGUGGGAAAAGAUUUGGUCGAAGUGAAGUUCUAAAGGUCCACAUGAGAUCUCAUACGGGGGAAAAAACAUUUCGCUGCUCUGAGUGUGGAAAAAGAUAUGGUGACAGGAAAACUCUAAGGGUACACAUGAGAACUCAUGUAGGAAAGAAACCAUUUAGCUGCACUGAGUGUGGAAAAAAAAUUAGUAGUAUGAGAGGUCUGAAGGUACACAUGAGAUCUCAUACAAGAGAGAAACCAUUUAGCUGCUCUGAGUGUGGGAAACGAUUUGGUUACAGGCAAUACCUGAAGAUACACAUGAGAUCUCAUACAGGAGAGAAACCAUUUAGCUGCUCUGAGUGUGGGAAAAGAUUUGGUCGAAGUGAAGUUCUAAAGGUCCACAUGAGAUCUCAUACGAGGGAAAAAACAUUUCGCUGCUCUGAAUGUGGGAAAAGAUUUGGUCGAAGUGAACAUCUGAAGAGACAUAUGAGAUCUCAUACAGGAGAGCAACCAUUUAGCUGCUCUGAGUGUGGGAAAACAUUUGGUGGAAGUGAAGUUCUGAAGAGACAUAUGAGAUCUCAUGCAGGAGAGAAACCAUUUAGCUGCUCUGAGUGUGGGAAACGAUUUGAGUACAGUGAAGAUUUAAAGAUGCACAUGAGAUCUCAUACUGGAGAUAAACCAUUUAGCUGCUCUGAGUGUGGAAAAAGAUUUGGUCAAAAUGAACUUCUGAAGAGACAUAUGAGUUCUCAUACAGGAGAGAAACCAUUUAGCUGCUCUGAGUGUGGGAAAAAAUUUGGUGGAAGUGAAGUUCUGAAGAGACAUAUGAGAUCUCAUGCAGGAGAGAAACCAUUUAGCUGCUCUGAGUGUGGAAAAAGAUUUGGUCGAAGUGAAGUUCUGAAGAGACAUAUGAGAUCUCAUAUUGGAGAGAAACCAUUUAGCUGCUCUGAGUGUGGGAAACGAUUUGAGUACAGUGAAGAUUUAAAGAUGCACAUGAGAUCUCAUACAGGAGAGAAACCAUUUAGCUGCUCUGAGUGUGGAAAAAGAUUUGGUCGAAAUGAACAUCUGAAGAGACAUAUGAGUUCUCAUACAGGAGAGAAACCAUUUAGCUGCUCUGAGUGUGGAAAAAGAUUUGGUCGAAGUGAAGUUCUGAAGAGACAUAUGAGUUCUCAUUCAGGAGAGAAACCAUUUAGCUGCUCUGAGUGUGGGAAAAGAUUUGGUCGAAGUGAAGUUCUGAAGAGACAUAUGAGUUGCCAUUCAGGAGAGAAACCAUUAAGCUGCUCUGAGUGUGGGAAAAGAUUUGAGUACAGUGAAGAUUUAAAGAUACACAUGAGAUCUCAUAUUGGAGAGCAACCAUUUUGCUGCCCUGAGAGUGGGAAAGGAUCCAAUGAAAGAGAAUAUCUGUAAUAACACAUGAGAUUCCAUAGAGGAGAGAAACCAUUCAGCUGCCCUAAGUGUAGGAAAAGAUUUUAUUACAGUCGAGAUUUGAAGGUACACACAAGAUCACAUACUGGAGAGAAACCUUUUAGCUGCUCAAUUUGUGGAAAAUCAUUUAGGCACAGUAGAAAUUUCCAUAGACACGACGACACGUGAAGGAGAAAAGUGAUUCAACUCUUUCAUUUGAAAAAUAAAUAGAACCUUUUAUAUGGUGUAAGUAGGGAUGCACGAUAAAUUUCAGCUCCUAAAGGCCGAUACCGAUAACCGAUAACAACGAUAUUGUGGAUUAGAGUUCUCAAUUUCAACCCGAGCCCGAGCCCGACCCGAGUAAGCUCGACGGGUCAGGUUGGUUUUGGCCGACUGGUUUCGGGCUUCAUGUGAAGCACAUUUUCAACCUGAGACUGAUGACAGUAAUAAUGAUUGGAAGGAGAACAGAGAACCUCAGUCUACUUUUAAACUCUCUGGAAAAUAUGAAGUCUCAGUCCUUCAUGUGACACUCAAUACUAGCCAAAAAUCAUUAAGUUACUCAGUGUGGGGUAAAAAGAUUCGUCUGUCAGAGAUGCUCAGUUAUUACAGUCCACAGCUCCUCUGCAUAGUCUCUCCCUUCUUUCCUUCUCUCAUAUUUUGUGCAUCAGCUCUGUGAAGUCAAGGGCUGUACCUUGGGCCGAUGCGGACAGGCACAGCAGGGAGGAUGCCGCUAAGCGUUGCACUGUAAAAUUGUAAAAUUAAAAAUUGAAAAUAAAGUAUUCAAAAAAUAAAUGACAUGCCAGGGUGUUAAUAAGAUAAAAAACAGAAACACGGACGCUGUUGAGCGAUCUUCAUGACUCAGGCUUCAUUUGGAAUUGUGUGUUUUCUACUUUAUGCUCCCAGUUUGGAGAAGCAGACGAGAACUGGCAUGGUUAGCACAUUGAUGACUAGCGGAAGACCAACGACUCAUUGUGUUCUGUGAGGGAAAAUUACUGAUUCUUUCAGUGGAGUCUGGUUGCUUUUAGGAGAGCAUCAUGUAACUGCAUCAGUUUACCAUUGUUAAGGGCUGUCUGACAGCAUGGUGAAGCUGUGAAAAUAUUCUAAACUGAUGUGGAAUUUUCGUCGAGGUGAUUGUAUUUUUACUUUGAUAGAAACAGUUAAUUUUUCCUCAUAGCUCCCAUGCCAGUUUUGGCCAUCUAUAAACCAAGAUGGUGCCACGGGACUUCGCUCUCUCCUACUUCUCCUGAUGUUGGGAUUUUUUUUUAGCACCUUUUUUGGUCACCUUCACCAGAGAGGAACUCCAACACAUUGGUCAGUUCUGCACACAGACAACAGCACAGUUUCUACAGUGGACACCUUCAGGUUUCUCGGUACCACAGUCUCUCGGGACAUGAAGUGGACCUCCCACAUAGAUACUGUAUGGAAGGUAGUAGGUUAGUUUUUUGUUUUUGUUUUACAUUUUUUUUUCUUUAUUUUGUUUUUUCUUGUUCAUAUAGUUUUCUAUCUUAAUUUGAGGGGAGGUCCGUUGUGUAAGCUUAUAGCUUCUUGACCUCUCCUGUCACAUCCUUAUUUUUUUUCUAUUAUUUAUCUGGAUUCUAUGUAGUUUUUACUAUGUGUGCAAAUAAUUUAAAAAAAAAAAAGGCCCAGCAGAGGCUGUACUUCCUGUGACAGCUCAGGAAGCUCAACCUGCCUCAGGAACUGCUGAUCAUGGUACUAAUCUUCCCUCCAUCAAGGACCUGUACAGGUCAAGGGUCAGGAAAUGGGCAAGAAACAUCAGUGUAGACUGCUCACACCCCGGACACAAUCUGUUUAAACUCCUCCCCUCCGGUAUGCGCUACAGAGCACUGUUCACCAAAACCACCUGUCACAAAGACAGUGUCUUCCCCCAGGCUGUCGCUCUGGUGAGAGCACUGAGAGGAAGUCUACCAGAGUCAAAUUCCAUGUAUGUACACAUGUACUUGGUGAAUAAAGCUGAUUCUGAUUUUGUG